UCUGCUUACAUGCAUCCGUACCAUCAUUGACAUACCGUCAUCGGGAGAAAAGAGAAAAAAGAAAAGAGAAAAAAGAAAAGAGAAAAAAGAAAAGAGAAAAGAGAAAAUACCCGUCUCGCCAGCUUUCCCCAUGAAUACACCGCACCCACCCAAGACGGUGCGUUUCAACACCAAGAAACACAUACCCACACCCGAGAUGCCCAGAUCACCACCACAGAACCCGCUGCCGCCACCCAAGCCUGCCCUCAAGCGCAGCAUCUCGGGUUCAGCGCGGAGAUUCACAUUCAACGUAUUCGACCGAGACGCCGAGCCGUCGGGACGUCAGCACAGCAUCCGCACCUUGUCCACGGGCCGGAACCGGACCCCUCACGAGGGAUCCCCCCUGCUGCGGUCGAUUAUAAUGACGGCGCUGUGCUUUAUUUGCGUGGGCCUGGUCAUUGUCAGUAUCAUCGCCUGUGUCGACUGGGCGCUGCGGGGGGCGGGUAAGCAGGGGAUCCUGCCGCGUUUCGCUUGGGGCUGAUGACGAU